AUGCUGUCUUCCGUAUUCAAGAGGAAGAAGGUACAGGAAAAGAUAGCCAACAUCACCGGCGCGCGUCGUGCCCAAUCUCCCCCCGGUCAAAACCCACAUGACAUCCAGAAUGUGGCAGGCAUAUACGAGAAGCUCGACGACCUGCUGGUUCGCGCCGAUAAUGCUGCCAAGCGCACGUUGAACGGCAGGACACCAUCAACCCCACAAGUCCAGCUUGAUCUCGGUCGCAGGGAAUCAUAUUCGGAGUGGUUCCCUGCUGAUCUUCUUAGUGGAGAUACUCGCCUGCCACCACAACGCAAUGCUUCCCUGCCGAACGGGAACGGGAGCGCAGCAAGUUUGACGAGGACGAGCACCGAUCAUGGUGGUAGUAGUGCUGAACCGCCAUUCCCUGCUUCUGUGGACGACAUCAUCAUCAUUGAAUCGUCCUCGCAGGAAUCUCGGGAGCUGUAUCGACUCAGCGCCGCCUGUUCAGAUAGCGAACUUCAAAGCCUAGUUGAGAACAAUAGUCAUAGUAGUUUGGAGUGCAAAAAGCCGACUCCAGCGCCAAUAAAGAUACCCGAUAAUCCAGCGUUCUCAAAAAGACCGAUUCAACAUUCUACCUCUGCAGGUCCUUCUGCAGACCCCGCUGAUCAGUUGCAACUGCCCGGGAGCAGCGUCCCUACCCGCCCGUCCACGCCUGGGUCAGCAUGCACCGACAUUGCUUCCUCUGUCUCAGGCACCACGCUUGCCCGCGCGCUGGUCGCAAGCUCAUUUAUUCUGACGAGCGAUUCCCGUGGGUCUCGAUACCGCAGUGGAAUCACGCGUCAAGAUUCUGCGACACUGCCCCGCGGAGAACAUCCCUUCCAUGGCCGAAAACGGAAGUCAAAUGCCAGCGAUUACUCUCAAGACUUAGAAACGCGGUCACCCAUUCCACCUGUGCCGCCUUUGCCUUCCAGUGCAGAGUUGUCUGCGCGCGGUAUGGACAGCGCGUCGAACGUCAGUAAGAGUCGCAGGAACUCACUGACCGCAGUCGCAGAUUACAAGCGGAGCAGUGCCGACUUGCCUUAUCCGUCUAACGAAAGACGUAACUCUAUCUCUGGCCCAUCAAGAGAACAGACAGGUGUGCACUCACGUAUAUCUACCAUUACCGAGGCAUCAUCCCCUGUCCCAUCAACCAAGGCUACCUCCAUUAAAGGAGAUGGGACAUCGGUGCGAUCGGCGGAGUCUAUCAUUCGACCGGUUUCCUCUUUACAGGAGAGUGGCCAUGCAAGUCCUGCCAUCACCGAGUCGUCACAGCAAGACGUUGAGGCUCCACAGACCAAUACGGAGCCGACCCUCAUUCCUGAAGAUACAUGCGAUUCUGACGGGCACGAAGCGCAUCGCGAGGAGUCUGACGGGGAGGAACUUCACAAGAAGAGGGCAAUUUCCCCAGUAUCGGUUCAUGGGACGACUGUGCCCUCAUAUUCAUUGGCAAGCUACGAGCGUGCGAGCAUGCGAACGUCAGAGUCGAUAUUCGGCACCCCUGGAGCUGUCUCCCAAGGAGGCCUAAUUGUUCCGUACGCUGGUGGCCUCGUCUCACGCUCCCGCUCUGAGUCGAGUGCGCACAAUAGCAAUGGCAGUGGAUCGAAUCGACCCAUUACUUUAUUGCCCAUCGGCGGACGUCCACGCUCUGUACUAAUGCAGCGCUCAUCCUCUUCUCCCCGCAUUUCUUCUGACAGCGACCUCCGGGCCCUUCCGUUGGUCACGUCCAUCCCUCCGACCGCGCACCCGUCAGCCGGCUCGACUCCCGUAGAGUCACCCGAUCUGCUUGACUUUAUGUUCCCGGUUACACCUGCAGCGCUCGUCCGGGCACGUUCAGGAAGAGAGCGCGAUGGCAGCCAGUUGCCGCCGUUGGCAAUUGUUGAUGAUGACCAUGGCCUUCCUACUCCGACUCUUAGCUCAGAUAUGGAGUCGAUGGCGCCAGUGUCGACGAACAUCCAGACAUUCCCGGAAACGCCGUACGCGUUCAGCCCGCUACUGUCUGCGGGCGUCCCUGCGCCCAUGCCUCCUCCUCUUCCUCGGCUAGGACCGAAUCAAUCACCUAUGUCGAGCCAUCGUGCUGGAGUGGCAGAAUUGAAGCAACGUUGGGGACAGCAGCGGACGCCUCUGUCGCGCUCGAUCACUGCGCCGUCUGGUAUUCGUGCGCCGCCAACGCCGCCUUCGUCAGUGGAGAGCACCCAUGACAGCCCUCCCGCCAACGGCGAGCAUGCAGCCGCAUCGUCAGGUCGCAGCGCUAUCGUCGCUCACGCCCGCUUAUCGCGUAUAGAAGAGUCGCAAACGCCGCCUAUCACGCCAGCCCAGAGCUCAUUGCCAGAAGGAAUGGCGUUGGGGUUGUCGACAAGGGUUUCAGCGAAUGCCGUCUCUCCAGGCCCAGCCGUUCAUAUUCCGGAGAGUUAUAUCGCCAGUAAUGCAGAAGCCACAUUAUCCGCUGGCAUGAACGUAUCAUCUCCGAAUCCGCGCCCGUUGCCUGUGUCGCCAGCUCCUGCAAAUGCUCUUUUGCAGACGGAUGAGCCACCGGAUGACUCGCCUCCACCCUCAUAUGCAUCCAUGCACGAGGCAUCCUUAGCCGUGCCCCCUCUUGAACCGCGUAUCGUGCUGGAUGCACCACGUCCUGCGGAAAGUCCACCGAGACAGUCAAGCUUGCAGUCCAGUUCUGCAUCUGUAUCCAGCAGUUCAUCUGUAUCUAAAUCUGAACACACCACUACUCUCACCCCACUGCCCUCUCCACCGUCAGCAAUUCCGUUGCCUCCUUCCCCUAUUCCAUCAUCUCCAAUGCCCUCCAUUGACGAGCAAGUAGCUGUCACUGAUCAGGAACAGCCGCCCCCUCCUCCGUAUGUUGAAGUGCAGCGACCGAGCCAGCCUGCGCCUCCAUCAUCGCCGGCGCGCUCUAUAUCAAUCAUCUCGCAGCAUCGUACUAGGACGCCGGAUUCCGUGCCUUUAAGGCGCGUAGUCCGGACAAGGCCUCCUCCACCGCUUGGUCCGCGGAAACCCUCGGGUUCAGGCAGGUCACGCGCUGCAUCGGUCUCGUCGUCUGUGAGCAACUACGGCGGACCUAGUACAAUGCGCAGGCCGUCGAUGACGACAUUGUCCGCAUCUGGACCGAAAUUUCAAACGACGCAGGUCAAUUUCCGUGGACUCACCAAGGAACAGGCAGAGUGGACGUUCACAUCUGAAGAGUUGCAACAAUUGGUGUCUGCUGCUAUCAGACAGACUACCGAUAUUUCUGCGAUACGUCUUCUUCCCCUGGAGACGCUGAACGAGGCUUUGCCGGAAGAGAUCAAGAGGCUGGAGAUAGUCAGUGCUGAGCUGAGGACGAACUACAAGAUAAACGUGCGUCGACGGAAGAUGUUGAUGAGUUCGCUGUUCGCCAUGACUGACGGCAUAGAAACGUGCGAUGGCGCUGCUGCUGCACGGACUCUUGAGGAGUUGUCCGACGUCACGGAAACUCUGGAUCAUCAGGCGGAAGAGCUGUUCGAUGUCACCACGCAGCUUGGCCAGCUAACUCAUCUUCGCGAUGUUCAUUCGAGUAGUGCGCUGAUCAUGGCGCUUCACAAGCUGAACAGAAGUUUGAAGAAGCACCUGGAACAGGGGCAGAAACUUCGCGAGCAGGUGGCUAUUAUGGAAGCGGAACGGGACGAAGCGUGGAAACAGGCGCAAGAGGUUGCCCAAGACUUUGACGACCUACAGGAGCGCACUUGCGAUCCAGCUAUUACGUCAAUGCAGACCGGAGCUUCCAGUCGCCGCUCCAGUCGAGUAAUCUUAGCGCGGAAGAACAGCGCACGAGUUGCAAAGACCGGACUGCGGUCCUCCCUUCACAGGCGCAGCCAACGAUCUUCUGUCAGCAGCAGUCAUCUAGCCAGCGUAGUGACAUCCCCUGCCAUGAGAUCUGCUGGCAUCAGCGACGUUCCUCCCGUCCCCCCAAUACCGAUACAGACAACAUGGAAUAUCAACACUGAUUUACCAACGAGUCAGACAGGCAUGUGGUCAGAAUCGCCCUCUUCUGGUUUCAGAGCCAUGACUGAAGCUCAGAGAGAACUUUGUGAGAUGCUGGGCAUUUCCUUGGAUGACCUGAAUGGCAAUCGCCCUUCGAGACGUCAGUCCACGUCAGCGACGAUCGGGGUCAAGAGUCCCAUCUCGCCAAGCAGAUUACGACGGAACUCAGAGAGCCAGACUAUGACGCCCCUUCCUUCAGCGAGCCUGCUACAAACACGGUAG